CCCAUUUCUGAGGGUUCACCUUUCUCUCUGUCUCUCCUCCGUAUCUCUCUCUCUCUCUCUCUCUCUCUCGUAUCGCCGGUCGGUGUAUUUCCCCGGAAAAUCCUUUCAAAUUUUCCGACAGGAUUCCCGACCGCGAUUCUUCCAACUUUCCUUGGAAAAAAAAAAAAAAUCAAACAUCUAAACGAUUUUUUUUGUUUUUUGUUUUCCUGAGGCUAUGAAUCUUAGAAGAGUUUUUUCUUCUGCAGUCAUUGAGCUCCUGCAAUUUACCGGUUUAUAAUAUGUAACAGAAAUCUCUGUCUCUGAAACCCAAAGCAAAUCGUUGUUUCAGAGAGUGCGAAAACGAGGGAUAUCAUCUUCUUCUUUUGAUUUGAGAUUGGAAGGAAGGGUUUGAGAAAAUAGUUUUUGAUUGCCUGUGAGGAUGAGCAAUUCAUCCCGAAGAAGUUUUAGUUUGCCGAGCUCAUCGUUGGGAAAGAAGAAAGGGAGUGAUAAUGCAGGUCCUGAUUCCGGACGGAAAUCCUUUCAAUCUUCCAGAGGACUAGUCAUAGAGCGCACAGUAAAAAGAUUGCGGCUGUCUAAGGCUUUGACAGUACCUGAAAGUACUACUGUCCAAGAUGCUUGCAAACGAAUGGCUGCUCGUAGAGUUGAUGCCUUGUUGCUGACCGAUUCAAAUGUAUUGCUUUGUGGAAUCCUCACAGACAAGGAUAUAGCAACAAGAGUUAUAGCUCGUGAACUUAAUCUUGAGGAGACUCCUGUCUCUAAGGUCAUGACACGGAACCCAGUUUUUGUUCUUUCUGACACUCUUGCUGUGGAAGCCCUACAGAAGAUGGUACAAGGAAAAUUCAGACAUUUGCCUGUUGUGGAGAACGGAGAGGUCAUUGCUAUGCUUGAUAUAGCCAAGUGUCUAUAUGAUGCUAUAGCUCGCAUGGAAAGGGCGGCUGAAAAAGGGAAGGCCAUUGCUGCUGCCGUUGAAGGUGUAGAAAAACAUUGGGGAACAUCUAUUUCUGGUCCAAAUACUUUUAUUGAGACACUUCGAGAGAGGAUGUUUAAGCCAUCUUUGUCUACAAUCAUCCCUGAGAAUUCAAAGGUUGUAACAGUUUCACCAACAGAAACAGUUCUAAUGGCGACAAAGAAGAUGCUUGAAUUGCGAGCGAGCUCAGCAGUUGUUCUGGUUGAUAAUAAACCACGGGGAAUUCUUACUUCAAAGGAUAUCUUGAUGAGGGUAAUAGCACAAAAUGCUCCUCCCGAGUCUACUCUUAUAGAGAAGGUCAUGACGCCAAAUCCAGAAUGUGCUACUGUUGAUACGCCAAUUGUUGAUGCACUGCACACCAUGCAUGAAGGGAAAUUUUUGCACCUUCCUGUAAUAGAUAGGGAUGGGAGUGUAGUUGCUGUUGUUGAUGUGAUUCACAUCACUCAUGCAGCUGUGGCCACAGUUGGAAGCUCUGCUGGAGUUACUAAUGAAGCUGCUAGCUCGAUGAUGCAGAAGUUUUGGGAUUCUGCCAUGGCUUUAGGUCCUGUUGAGGAUGAGGAGGAUUCACACAGUGAAGGAUCCUUGAAAUUGGCUUCUGAUGGAGCAGAGACUGGGAGGUCCCUUACCUUUAUGCAACAAAGCUUGCCUAAUACAUUCGCAUUCAAAAUCCAAGAUAAAAAGGGCCGAAUGCAUAGAUUUACUUGUGAUACACGAAGUUUGACAGAUGUGAUAACCGCUAUCGUUCAGAGGGUCGGCGGUGACAUUGACCGAAACAACCUGCCUCAACUUUUGUACGAAGAUGAAGACCAUGAUAAAGUCAUAUUAGCAUCAGAUAAUGAUCUUGCAGCGGCUGUGGAACAUGCAAGGCAAGCUGGUUGGAAGGGCUUGAAGUUGCAUUUAGAUUAUUCAGGAACAAACGACAAAAAGAAAGGUGACGAUUUAGGAAGUAUGGAUUUUGCUCAAAAGGAUGCAUGGGCAUCUGCAUAUAGUGCUGCUGCAGCUGGGGCUGCCCUGGUUGCUGGGUUAAGUGUUUUAGCAUAUCUGAAGAGAUACGGUAACUGAUAUUUUCAGCUUAUUAAUGAAUUGCCGGAACCUUUUGAACCUUUUUGCUAGACAUUAAGGAAUUUGUUGAAAACACAGCUUACCCCACAAAUUUGUUUUGUACAAACUACACUGUAUACCAGAAAGAAAAAGGAAAAUCAUCUUGAAUUUUUUGGUGAUGAUUACGGCAAAAUUUGCACGGAUGUGUGCCUUUGAUUUGUAUAUUUGUGCUCUGAAAGUUUUGCAGCUUCAAGAACUUUGGAGACUGUAUAAAAAUAAAUGGGUCUGUUCCUAAAAUAUAACAUUCAUUCAUGAA